GAGCAAACACAUAGAAACAUUUUUGUUAAUUAAAGAAAUGGCUCUUUUAGGGCUUCUGUUAAUGGGAAUUUCCCUCAUGUUCCAAUCAGUCCAUGGCUAUGGUGGUUGGAUCAAUGCUCAUGCCACGUUCUACGGCGGAGGAGAUGCUUCUGGAACUAUGGGUGGGGCUUGUGGAUAUGGAAAUUUAUACAGCAGUGGAUACGGAACAAACACUGCGGCGUUGAGCACUGCUUUGUUCAACAACGGGUUGAGCUGUGGACAAUGCUUUCAGUUAAUGUGUGUGAAUGCGCGGCAGUACUGCCUGCCGGGCAUAAUUACAGUGACAGCAACAAAUUUCUGCCCACCAGGGGGUUGGUGUGAUCCUCCAAACCACCAUUUUGAUCUCUCUCAGCCUAUCUUCUUGCGCAUUGCUCAAUACAGAGCUGGCAUUGUUCCUGUUGCCUACCGAAGGGUACCCUGCAGAAGAAGGGGAGGAAUUCGAUUUACAAUCAAUGGUCACUCUUACUUUAACUUGGUUCUUGUCACAAAUGUUGGAGGUUCAGGAGAUGUACACUCAGUGUACAUCAAGGGUUCAAGAACUCAGUGGCAACCAAUGUCAAGAAAUUGGGGCCAAAAUUGGCAGAAUAACGCGUACCUCAAUGGCCAAAGUCUGUCCUUUAAGGUUACCACAGGCGAUGGUCGCACUGUUGUUUCUUACAAUGCUGCUCCUAGUUCUUGGUCCUUUGGCCAAACUUUUAGCGGAGGACAAUUCCGUUAGAACCCAAAAUCUUUUGCGAAAAAUAUCAGAAUUUUCGAGUAUACUACUUACUAAAAUAUUUAAUUUGAAAUAUUAUUCUAAGAGUUUGGCCUUAAUUGGAGGAUUUUACUCACCAUAAGUUAAGAAAGAAAGAAUU